GAGCGCACCUGGCUUGGGGAUUUCCCCAAAGUGCGAGGCACGCAGCAGGGAGUAGUUUCUUUGAUCGAGGCAAUCGUAAAGUAUUAAUCAGGUUGCAAAUUUUUCUGUACCACCGGUGGUGUAUUUUAUAGGACACAUCUGCAGCAUACUGAAUAAUCGAAGGCAGUAAAAACACCAAGAUUUUGAGAAAAGAGUUGCAGAAUGGGAAAGCUGGCAUUUGUUAUUGUCUCAUUGGUGUUGUUGCUUCUGGUACCAGAUGCAAUUGCAGACUUUACUUCUGAAUGUGGUGGAAACUUAAACGUUGAAAAUGAUACUUUUAAUUCGCCAAAUUAUCCAUUUGACCCCUAUGGACCAAGCAUGAAUUGCACUUGGAGAGCUGACAUCUCUGGUGGUAUGUUCUUGUACUUUGAUCUAUUCAACCUGGACGGUUCAGGGGAUUAUAUUGCUGUCGAAGAUGAAAAUGGUUUUGUCGGCACAUACUUUGGAAUUCAAAGACCUUUCGUCAUCCAGUCUUUUUCCAAUGUACUUUACAUUAAGUUCAUCAGUGGAAAUAAAACCAACCCUAAUUGGAGCAGACACUUUUCAGGCAGUGUUCAAAAAGAUUGCAAAAUAAACUACCUGGGUGAGCCGUAUGGGUACAUUUUCACACCACUUAUGCAGGAACAAAAUGCAAGCAAAACAUUUACUUGUACUUGGCGAAUAGCUAACUUUGUCUCUAAGGGAAUCAUACUAUCCAUUCUAACCGCCGAUUUCACUAAUUCUAGUGCAAAUCUUUUGGUGUAUGAGGGAGCGUACGAUAUUGAUGGAAAACUACUUGGAAAUUUUUCAGCGGAAAACCCAGCUCAUGCGGUAGUAACCAGCAAUAAUGAGAUGUAUAUCAACUUGACGUAUGAUACUUUAACUCUACCCACUCUGACAGGCUUGUACCGAACGACAACAGCAGAAUGCACCAAGAAUGUGAAAGUUAAUGUCAAUGACGAUGACGAUAAGACUACAGUCAUUUCUUCCAUCGGUUAUCCGAUUCAGUACCGCAAUGAUUUGGAGUGUUGGUGGUUGAUAGAAUCAGAUAUGGAGGACAGCACUCUGGGUAUAUCGGUGGAUGACGUGAACUUAUCUGAUGAUGGUGACCGUUUGGUUUUCUACUCGUCGACCAACCUCUCAUCCAAACCUCUUGCAGAAGUUGGAGGUUCGAUAACAGAACAACCGUUUUUUGUAACAGAGGGCAACAUGAUGUUGGUUAGCUUCAGAACGGGUGACAUGGGCACAGCUGGAGGCUUCUCAUUUCAAGUAUUUGCUCAAGAUAUUGGUGGUGUUAUCAGACCAACGGAUUCAGGCAACAUAUCGUUGAAACUACAGAAGAACAAGCGCAUCUUGUACCUGUUACAGACUGAUGACGACCUUCAACCUGUUGUUAAACAGGUAAAGCAGACCAACUACCCAACAACAGGCAACCUGACUAUCUACUACUACCAAGAUUCAUGGAAAACUAGUGAGCCAUUGGUAAUGCAGACUCCAGCACAAGGCAUUGUUCCUGUGAUAUUUUCAAACUCACAAUCUAUGUUUAUAUAUGCUGAAGGAUUUGAUGAAGAGAAAAAUGACACAAGUCUGACCCUGCAGGUCACUGCAGCCCCCUCUGGAACCAACCUUUAUUCGAGGAAUGCAAAGAGUGAUAGCUUCACUGGGAAAUCUAAAGAGAAUUACUGGAUUAUAAAUCCAUCUUUUGAAAAAGGCAUUAUUGAGUUGACUUUCCAAGACCUACCAACACACGGAGGUCGUAACGUCACAAUUAACCAGGGUCUGUAUAGUAGCAAAUCACAGAAUAUUGCUUCGUUCACUAGCAACACGAAAGAACUGUCCAUCCACAUCCCAAUAGGUGAUCCUAUUCGAAUCAGCUUUGUGUCAAAGGAAAAAACACCUCUGCCUUUUUAUGCCAACUAUCAUAUUAUUGAUGUUUAA